AUGUCGGUCAACUGGGUUAUGGUGGAGCCCUCGUCGACGCAGCCAUUUACUCCCCUACCGCACGAACAGACUCUCUACAAGUCGCCAGCCCGUACAAGCUUUUCUCUGCAAUCACUCAACAAGUUCCCCGGCAAGGAUCCCGUACACUGUUCAGCUUCUGCCGGUACCUUGUAUCUCACCAACCGCCGCCUCGUCUACCUGCCCUCCACACCCACACCUCAGCUUCAGUCUUUCGCCGCCCCUCUUCUCAACACACACGAUUCGCAUGUCGUUGCCCCUUGGAUAGGUCCCAAUGUCUGGACCGCACUCGUGCAACCCGUCCAGGGCGGUGGCAUCCCCGCCCACAUUCCCGCCCUGGAACUUAAGUUUGCCUUCAAGGACGGAGGCGCAUACGACUUCCACUCUGGGUACGAGCGCGUCAAGGAGAGACUGCAACAGCAGGUCGAUGUCGCGAGGCAAUCAGGCCAUCUCCAAGGUGAUGGCAGCGAAGCUGGUCGAGGAAGAGGAGCUGACACGCUAGCUGCUGUUGACGUUGCGAAUGUGCAUCUGGAUGACUUGCCCGCUUACGAGGAGACUGGUGCUUCCGUGUCUAUCCCUCAGCCUCAGGCACAGUCGGCGCCACCUCCUGUAUCGAGGCAAGCUCCUGCCUCGUCCGAGUCGCACGCGCCAGAAGUCUUCACACCACCCGCUGAGCCACCACCGGGAUACGAGCAGGUGCAGAGAGAGACUGUCGAAGAUGAGUUGGAGAGAAGAUUAAGCUCUGGUCGUAUUCUCUGA